CUCUGCACGCAGUGUCUGGAGAGUGGAGCUGAGAGCCGGAGACAUGAACAAGAUCUUCCCACAGAGAGAUGCCAAUGGCAAUGUUGCUGCUGGGACCAAAGCCCUCCCUGGACCAGAAGCAGGCGGCUGCCUCUGCUGCUCACGUCGCGGGGUCUGCCUCUCGGCCUUUGUGCUGCUCCUGCUGGCCACGCUCACAGCUCUCAUUGCCCUGGUCAUCAUCCUUGGACUCCCGCCACGCACGCCAGGGGCCCAGGCCUGCCUGACACUGUCAAACAGGACAGGCUUCCUGUGCCAUGACCGGAGGAGCUGCAUCCCGGCCAGUGGGGGUUGUGAUGGCAUCCGCACCUGUCCCCAUGGCGAGGACGAGGACGAGGGCUUGUGCGGAGACGUGCCCCAGAGCCUCCCCAGCUUCCUUGUGGCCCGCUGCGGAGACCAGGCCUCCUGGAUCUACUCAGACCAAAAGUGUGACGGGACCAACAACUGCGGGGACUGCUCAGACGAGCUGAGUCCAGUGACUGAGUGCCCACCCUGUGGCCCUGGGUGGUGGCGCUGCCCUUCGACUUUCUUCCAGUACUGCGACUGUAUCCCGCUGGCUCUCUGCCGGGACCACGUGCAGCACUGCUCCGACUGGUCGGAUGAGUACUCCUGCCCUGGACCCUGAGCUCCGCCCUGGCCAGCAUGGAAGGCUGGUGGAAAUGGCCCUGAAAACUCAGCACUUGAACACUGACUUCCAGAGCUCGAGGGCAGGAAAGAACCUUCAAAGUCGCUAGUGGAAUUACACAUCGUUCUGAGGAGCAACUGACUCCUCCUUUCAAGUUAUUCAGCCUCAGCCCAAAAGCCUCCAGGGACCUGGAGCUUGCUACUGUGGUGGGUAGCUUCUUACAAAGACGAGGGAACUCUGC